GUCCUCCCGGCAGGGUUUUGUCUUCUCUCAGUUCGGCCUCAGGCACUCAGGAUUUCCCGGUCGCACACUAUUGUGGAGGAGGCUGGAAAGUGGUGCUCCCUGCCUCAGAGCCCAUGGUCGGAGCCCCCGGUGGUGCUCACAGCUCCCGUGGGUUGAAGCUCGGAGUCGCCACCCGAACACACGCCAGGGCCGGGACAGGGACCGCCAUUCCUGCAGCGGCUUCUACUCCCGCCCCGCUCAGCCCACAGAGGGCAAUGGCGGCGCCCCCGUUGAGGAGACGGGUUGAGGUUGGGGUGACCUUUGAGGACAUUGCCCUGUACUUCUCCAGGGAGGAAUGGAGCCUCCUUGAUGAGGGUCAGAGACAGCUGUACCUGAAUGUGAUGCGGGAGAACUUUGAACUUCUAUCCUCGCUGGGUUGCUGCUGUGGAGCAGAUAUUUUGGAGGCAGUGACUGAAGAGAACGUUUUUGUAGGAAUGUCAAAGGCAAGGAAUCCCAAGUUAACCUUGUCUUCCCAGAAGAGUCACCCCUGUGAGAGUUGUGGACUAGUCUUGGGAAAUAUUUUCCACGUGAUGGAGGGGCAGGGAACACAACACGGACAGAUACUGUUGAGGUGUGGGGCAUGUUCACAAGGAUUUUAUUUCAGUGCACAAUUACACCAGCAGCAUAUGAGAGACACUUUCAUUAGAGGUGUGGACAGGAUCUCACUUGCAAACAGCUGCAAUUUCAAUGUGUCCCAGAAUCGUUUCACAUGCGGGGAGGUUGGGCAGGGUGUCCUUACCAAGACAGGACAUCUCCACCUAAAGGCUACUCAGACCAGGAUCAGUCCAAAUGCUAUUCCGACAUGUGGGAUGAUGUUUCAAAGGAGAAGAAAUUAUUACACCAGAAAAGAAUGUAAGACAGACAUUAGUUGCAACCACAUGUUUUUUCAGGAAAAGGAUGUCCAUGCAGGAAGUCAGUGCUUUGUGUGUUCUGAAUGUGGGAAAGGUUUUACCAGUAGAAAUGGCCUCCGUUAUCAUCUGAGAGUUCACAGUGGAGAAAGGCCUUAUGAAUGCAAUGAUUGUGGGAAAUCUUUUCCCAGAAGCACUGACCUUCGUCGUCAUCAGAGAGUUCACCCUGGAGAAAGGCCAUAUCAGUGCAGUGAAUGUGGCAAAGCUUUUAGCAGUAGUAAUAGCCUAGGUGAUCAUGCAGUUUUGCACACUGGACAGAGGCCUCAUAAGUGUAGUGAAUGUGGGAAAGCUUUUACCAGUAGCAAUGGCCUCCAAUAUCAUCAGAGAGUUCAUACUGGAGAAAGGCCUUAUGAGUGCAGUGAAUGUGGGAAAUCUUUUACCAAGAGCACUGCACUUCGUCGUCAUCAGAGAGUUCACACAGGAGAAAAGCCUUAUCAGUGCAGUGAAUGUGGGAAAUCUUUUAAAAGUAGCAGUGGUCUGCAAUAUCAUCAGAGACGUCACACUGGAGAAAAGCUUUAUGAAUGCAGUGAAUGUGGAAAAUCUUUUCCCAGAAAGACUAACCUUCGUCGUCAUCAGAGAGUUCAUUCAGGAGAAAUGCCUUAUAAAUGCAUUGAAUGUGGGAAAUGUUUUAAAAGUAGAAUAGGUUUCCAAUAUCAUCAGAGAAAUCAUACUAGAGAAAGGCCUUAUCAAUGCAGUGAAUGUCAAAAAUCUUUUACCAGUAAGCACAAUCUUCAUUGUCAUAAGAAAGUCCAUAUGCGAGAAAAGCCUUAUCAAUGCAGUGAAUGUGGGAAAUCUUUUAAAAGUAGCAGUGGUCUGCAAUAUAUCAGAGACGUCACACUGGAGAAAAGCUUUAUGAAUGCAGUGAAUGUGGAAAAUCUUUUCCCAGAAAGACUAACCUUCGUCGUCAUCAGAGAGUUCAUUCAGGAGAAAUGCCUUAUAAAUGCAUUGAAUGUGGGAAAUGUUUUAAAAGUAGAAUAGGUUUCCAAUAUCAUCAGAGAAAUCAUACUAGAGAAAGGCCUUAUCAAUGCAGUGAAUGUCAAAAAUCUUUUACCAGUAAGCACA